AGCGGUGUAUAAAAAUAAAUGUUUGGCAAACUUACCUUUCAGUAGUAGAAUUUAGUUAAUACCUAUAGUGUUUAGUUAAAAAAUUUUAGUAAAAUGUCUCAACCUGCUGUCAUACCUGGUGGUCUUCGUCCAGGACUGACCAUAAGAAUUAGAGGAAUUGCCCAGCCUACUGGUGACAGAUUCAUUGCAGAUUUGCAGACAGGACCUGACCCAUCGCCUAAAAAUAUUCCUUUCCAUAUUUCAGUUAGACUAAAUCAAGGUUAUGUUGCUAGAAACACCUUGAAACGUGGGAAAUGGGACUCAGAAAUUGGAGACGGUAGCCUUCCUAUUAACAAAGGACAACCUUUUGACAUCAGUAUCACGGUAGAACCUCACCGAUAUAUUGUUCACAUAAACGGUCAGAAUUUCUGCGAGUACCCCCAUAGGUUACCUUUUGAUCAAGUGUCACACAUUAAUGUUCAUGGUGACUGUUCACUCCAAGGUGUCAGUUUUGAAACUCGUGGUCAAGUUGGAGUAACAACUAGAACUACCACUGUUCGAACUCAGCACUUCAGUAGUAGCAGUAGUGGGGCCUCAUUAUAUAGAAGUACACAAUAAUCCUAUACUUAAAUCACUCAAAUAAUGUACAACAUUUGUAUAUCUUUUGUAAUAAAAUUACAAUGUUAUUACCUUAAAC